CUCAGGGUCAGCAUCAGCAGCACCAGCUCCAUCAUCAAGUGAGCGAGCCCACGCAAAAUCCAAACAUGGGGACUGUUCUGUCAUUCAGCCCCAAGGAGCGACGCUCGUCAUCAGUCUAUCCACCAACUGGUCACCAACAUUCAGACUUCACUCUCAAUAACUUCAACUAUGAACAGCUGAACAAUGCGAAAAAUCGGGAGAACAAGAGUGUCACAGCUGUUGCACCGGCACCACAAAACACCAACAACCAUUCGUUGCAGAAUAAUAAUAUUAAUUUGAAUAAUAAUGAUAAUGCGAGAAUUAUUUCCGAGAAAAAUGCGCUGGAGAAGAAUCUCAAGAAGCAUUCGUUGUUCAUUAAUGCACUGUCGUGGAAACGAUUUAGCACGACUAAUAAUAAUAAGAAGAAGCUGGAUAAUAAGAAUAAAAACAUGACUUUUAGACAGCCACUCGAUAAUAUUCCUAUUGUUGAUAAGAAUAAGAAUAUUCAGACGCCACAGACGAAAGCUCCAGUAUCGAACAAUAAUCACACGACGCACAAUCCGAAGUGCGAUAAAAUAGUCGACAGAUCGCAGCAACCAGCUGGACCACGUAAAACAGUUAUUCAAGCAUCAACGUCCGAGUUAUUGAGAUGUCUCGGUGUUUAUCUCCAUGGUAAAUGCACACGAUUGAGAGACUUUCAAGCUGGUGAUGCUGUCAUGUGGCUCAGAACAGUUGACAGAAGUUUACUACUCCAGGGAUGGCAGGACGUACCGUUCAUCAACCCAGCGAACGUUGUCUUCGUCUACAUGCUUGUCCGUGAGUUGGUAGACGGUGAGGAAGCGUCUGAGCGUGAGCUUCAGGCAACAGUGCUCACCUGUUUAUACCUAAGCUACAGCUACAUGGGCAACGAGAUCAGCUACCCCCUGAAGCCCUUCCUCGUGGAAGACAGUAAGGACAAAUUUUGGGAUCGUUGCCUGCUGAUUGUCAACCGUUUGAGCUCAAAGAUGCUGAGGAUCAACAGUGAGCCUGGCUUCUUCACGGAGAUAUUCACCGAGCUCAAGGUAUAUGACACCCCCUGGAGACGUCCUUCACUGAAUAUGGGCGUAUAAAACCCAAAGGGCCUGCCUGCGGAACCGGAGAACGCGGCAGUCUUACUGGGAGUGGCCUCGAACGAAGCCUUGUCGUCUCCGGAGUCGCGG